UCACUGUACGGCAAGCAAAACGUUUAAGUGACCUUAUUGACUGUAAGUUAGCAAAAUUGAAAGGCAUGGGAACUUUCGGUUUGUUGAGGAAUGUAGCUAGCUAUUUGUGAUAUAACGUUAUGCUUGCAGUUUUUGAGAAGAGCAUACCCUAGUGCAAACAUGGCCAGUACUAUGGUGGCAGUGGGCCUGACGAUAGCAGCUGCAGGCUUUGCAGGUCGUUAUGCUAUACAGGCCAUGAAACACAUGGAACCACAAGUGAAGCAGGCUAUACAGAAUCUUCCCAAAUCUGCAUUUGGUGCCGGGUACUACAGAGGUGGAUUUGACCCAAAAAUGACCAAAAGAGAAGCUGCACUUAUUCUAGGAGUCAGCCCCACUGCUAACAAAGCCAAAAUAAGAGAAGCACAUAGAAAAAUUAUGGUAUUAAAUCAUCCAGACAGAGGAGGAUCACCAUACCUUGCUGCUAAAAUAAAUGAAGCUAAGGAUUUACUGGAUGGGCAAGCUAAGAAAUAGAUCCUCACUUUACAUUGCACUACAAAUUAUCAGAGAGGCUUAAUCCUUUUUUGCCACAGUCAACCUUCAGUGAAAUUCAUAUCUAGUGUCCCUUUAGUAACAAUAAAUAUCAAGGUUUGUUUAUUGGUUUUGGUCUUUAAUUUUUCAUCCUAUAAAUAAUCUGUUACUGAUGGUUUCUUUUGCUUAUGGCAUACUUGAGGAGAAAAGAUUCCAUUCAGAAAUGAUUAACCAUCAGUAUUUCUCAAUCCUAUUCCUGGAGCCCCCUGUCCUGCAUAUCUUCUAUCUAUUCUUGCU